AUGGCCCCCCGUUCCAAAAACAAAGGGUCCAAAAAAGGACAUGGUUCCAACGCAGCUGCUUCCACCUCCAACGUACCUAUUUCCACCUCCAACGUACCGGAAGAACCUGCUCCCACCGAAGAACCCCCAAUAGCUACAGAAUUUGUUGAUGUGUACUGGGACCUCAACACCUGUCCUCUGGCAUAUCCUGCGGAUGGUAUAGUGGGAAGGAUCGAAACGGCUCUUAACGAGGUCAAUGCAAAUUCAAACUCUCUACGAUACGCUCUUUCCGAUACAAGAGUUAUCUGUGGAAAUGUUAACGCAUUGAGUAAAGAGGAUUGGGAUAGUCUUCAAUCUUAUGGUUUCAAAUUGGAACCAUGUGAAGAUAGACAUGCUUAUUGCAACUCUCAUAACCCAAACAGAAGGAAGCCCGACGAUCCUCCUCCAGAUCUUGAGUUGGAAGUGCAUUCUAUCGAUCAGGCACUCAAUUCCCCACAUACAAACAUUUUGCUAAUCUCUAGCGAUUACCAUUUUGGGAAGUCAAUGAACAUCAACUACAAGUAUUGCUACAAAAUUUUCUUAGCACUCUCCUGGGCCAUACAAGGAACCGACUACAAAAAGCAUGGAAACUAUGCUUGGAUCUGGGAAUUGAUGCAUUUUGACGGAUCUGGUCUGUUUUACGCUAACCCCAAUCGCUGA